CGUGGGACUGAAGUCACUGGUCGAACACUUAUCUUUCUCUCUUUCUCCAAAAGUUUCUCUCUCUAGUAGAGUCUAAUAUUCCAUUUUCGUUUGCUGUUUCGAUGAUGAUGAUGAUAUAUAGAUGUUCGACAAAAACGAACGCGAAGAGGAAAGAGAUCAUAAUCUAACAUCUAUUUCAGGUUGUUGAAUUUGGGGGCUGUAAUGGAGGGGAAGAAAGGAAAUCGGUGGUUUUCGAAGGUGAAGAGAGUUUUUAAACCUUCGUCUAAGGACUCGCCGGAGAAGAAGAAAGACAAUGUGGAGAAAUGGCAACAACAACAGGCACCAGAGGUUCUGUCAUUAGUACAUUUUCCGGCAGAAACUUCACCCGAUCACAUCACGAAUAACGAUGAGGGCAACGAGUCAUCAUCUCCAGCGAUUCCUCGAGAUCGAAACCAUGCCAUUGCUGUUGCAGUUGCAACUGCUGCAGCUGCAGAAGCUGCAGUUGCAGCUGCCCAAGCAGCAGCGAGAGUAGUUCAGCUGGCAGGCUAUGGAAGACACCCUAAAGAAGAAAGGGCUGCAACUCUCAUUCAAUCAUAUUACAGAGGAUACCUGGCAAGAAGAGCAUUGAGAGCAUUGAAAGGUUUGGUUAGGCUACAAGCCCUAGUGAGGGGAUAUAAUGUUCGCAAGCAAGCCCAGAUGACAAUGCGUUGCAUGCAAGCAUUGGUUCGAGUGCAGGCUAGAGUUCGUGCACGCAGGCUCACAUUAGCACAACCACCGAAGAAGCUUUUUCAGAUUCAGAAAAGUGCUAAAGUAGUAGAACAAGAAGAAGAACAAGACCAAAGUACUGCUGCCAGAAAACAUGAUUAUGGUGUGAUGAAAAAAAAUAAAAGGUUUUAA